AUGGGGAGUGGGGCGAUGAAAGGUCGGACUUUUGCUCCCGGCCUGGGGACAGAUGCCGAUUGCGGAGCGAGCGUCUCGCGUGUGGGAGAGCGGCGUCGGCUGGUGGCGGCGGCGCGGGGCCCAGCUGGGGCCGAGGCGCCGGCGAGAGGCGGCGGCGAGGGCAGACGGCGGCCCGCCGUGGCGCCCAAGCCACGCGCUCCCGGACAAACUUACGUAACAACGACGGCUGGCGGCACUGGAGCCCGGAAUGUAGAG